UGUUCGACACCAAACAGAACUCACACUCACAAAACAGAACACAGCCUCUAUUCAUGGACAUCGGCACUCCUUCAUGGCCUCUCUUGACAUCAGUCGUACUUGCAGCACUAACCCUUGUCUUUUUCUACUUCUCAGCCCAUCCCCGGCGGCGGCGACCAAACCCUCCACCAGGCCCAAAACCAUGGCCGAUAAUUGGAAAUCUCAACCUCAUAGGCCCUCUCCCCCACCGUUCCAUCCACUCUCUCUCCCAACAAUACGGCCCCUUAAUCCAAAUCCGUUUCGGUCCAAUCCCUAUCGUGAUCGCCUCCUCUGUCGCCAUGGCUGAACAACUCCUCAAAACCCACGACCAAUGCUUCGCGUCUCGACCAAGAACCGCAGCAGGCAAGCACACCAUGUUCAGCUGCACUUCCAUGACCUGGUCUGCCUACGGUCCCUUCUGGCGGCUUCUCCGGAAGAUCUAUCUCACAGAGCUCUUUAACCCCAAACGUCUCGAAUCUUACGAGAAAAUUCAAAUCGAAGAAAUGGGGUUUCUUCACAAGGGAAUCUAUGCCUCUUCCGGCAAAGAGAUCACUGUGAAAACCCAUCUUUGGAAUACUAAUCUGAGCUUUAUAAGUCGGAUUGUAAUGGGAAGGAAGUUCUCCGGUGAGCCCGCAGCGGCGUUGGAGGAGUUCAAGACGAUGUUUGAGAAAUUGUUCUUCUUGAAUGGUGUGAUGGAUCUUGGUGAUUGUUUUCCUUGGUUGGGUUUCUUGGAUUUGAAGGGUUAUGUGAAGCAGAUGAAGGUGUUGGGGAAGAGAUUUGAUGGGUUUCUUGAAGAAGUGAUAGGUGAGCACGAGAUGAGGAGGAGAAGUGUGGACAACUUGAAAGAGAAGGAUAUGGUGGAUGUGUUGCUGCGGUUGGCUGAUGAUCCUAAUCUGGAAGUCAAGCUCGAUAGGACGGCUCUUAAGGGGAUAACGCUGGAACUACUAGCAGGUGGCACUGAGAGCUCUAUAGUCACAGUGGAGUGGGCUCUCUCCGAGCUCUUGAGAAACCCAGAGACCUUGAGAGAAGCAACAGAAGAAUUGGAUAGGGUGGUUGGGAGAGAAAGAUGGGUUGAAGAUAAAGACAUCCCACACCUACCAUACAUUGAUGCCAUAAUGAAGGAGACAAUGAGAUUGCGCCCAGUGUCACCACUGCUAACACCUCACCUGGCUCAGGAAGAUUGCGAGGUUGCCGGCUAUACCAUUCAAGCAGGAUCCAGAGUACAUGUCAGCACAUGGACCAUAGGGAGGGACCCAACACUAUGGGAUGCACCGGAAGAAUUCCGUCCUGAGAGGUUCAUUGGGAAGGCGAUUGAUGUGAAGGGACAUGAUUUCGAGCUAUUGCCAUUUGGAUCAGGAAGGAGAAUGUGCCCUGCCUAUGUGCUUGGGUUAAAGAUUAUUCAAUCAUACUUGGCUAACAUCAUACAUGGGUUCCUGUGGAAAUUGCCAGAUGAAAUGCAACUUAAGGACUUGGACAUGGAUGAAGUUUAUGGUCUCUCAACACCUAAAAAGAUACCACUUGUUGCCAUUCCUGAGCCUCGACUUCCAGCUCAUCUAUAUUGUGGAUGAUAGAUACUAGUUCAGUUUGCAUAUCCUCCUGGCAUUGUAAGCUAAAAAGUGCCUUGG